AGAAAGAGUGCAGCAAGGUUCCGAUGACUCUGCGUGCUCUGGGCUCUUUUCAAAUAUGGAGAGGUUAUCUUUUUAAAGUAAUAUGUGGGAUUUAGGAGACCGGAACCGUGGUAUUUUUGUGUUGAUAAGUGUGCUGAGCGGAUGCGCUGUUUUAUACAAUGCCUGGGGUCCGAUUCUCGCGCUAACUGUGUCGAUAAUCGCUGUGAUACACGUAUGUUACUCCCUGCUAACCAACGACAGCAUUCUAUCGCCGCAAGCGUUAUUUUUCCUCGAAUACGUGAGCGAGGGCGGCAGGGAAAUAUUCGCCAAUUUGAAUGCUGCAUCGUUCUACCUAUCGUCCACCCUCCGUAAGUUAUACACUAUUUUAAGUAACCACUGCCGGACUUACGUCGCGGCGAAAAUGAGCAGAUUUAGAAAAAAUUCCUCAUACCAAUUGAGCAACGACAAUCGCCAAGCGUCCAGAAGCUCUUCAAGGUUCGAUCUCACCACCAAUCCGCUCAGCCCCAUACCCAAAAAUAGCUACCAAGAAAAUACCCCCUACAUCGAUCAUCCUGCCACUCGUCAACUGAGCGAUAACUACUCGUUGACAAAGCUCACCUCGACACCACUUGACCCCUGGUGCAAAGACCCUCAGGUACCAUCCAACGGAGGCAUCGAACUUUUCACACCAACUCGACCUCUUCGCCGAGAAAUACAACCAACAUUCGGACCGAAUCACUCAUCGAUGAUACAAAAUGAGACUGUCUUUAGCCCUGAGGGCUCUCCGUGGGGAACCAGCAUUAGCCCAAAAAUGCGAUCUAAAGCAGCUGGAAUUAAGACUGUACAAACCGUCGCUGGACCCCUACUUGCAUCUACGAGAUACAACAUCGAUCCCAAAACAUAUUCGGAUGUAACAUCUCCAGGACUGAGCACACGCUUGGCGAAGUAUGCCACGGAAGCCAACAACAAGCUGACGCAUCAGUCGCAGUACGCGACUGGCCAAUUUCCCAAAGUCAAUCUCAGCGUCAGUCCAUUACCGUUAAUAAACAUGAAAAAUGUCAAGGUCAGAACUCCCGUGACUGUGCGGAUAGCUCCGCCAGAAACGAGCAGGUACUCGCCACCUGAAAGACAAAGAAUUAUCUCAGACAUAUGCAAAGCUGAGAAUAGAGCACCCCAGAGCGUUGUGCAAGUGCUUAGAGAAAUAUCACUUAAGAGGCACGCGUCGAGAGAUGAUGUGAGCUUGGAUUUUGCAAAAAAACAGAGAACCGAGGAUAUAUACGAAGACAACUUGGAUGAUCUGGUAGAAAUGACGCAGAAAAGAACCAGGGAAGAUUCGCCGAACAGUGAGGAAGAAGAGGAUUUGCUCAGGAACAAUCAGCUUAGGCCAGUCAAGAAAACUAAGACCCCUUCUUGCUUCGAUGUUUUGAAUUCAUUGAGCUCGAGCAAUCAAUAUUCCUCAGGAAUUAAGCGAAAAGCGAGUAGUCUCGAUUUAUCCCGAUGUGGCACACCCAGCAUAGAGAAACAUUUCAAACCUUCGGACAUGGUUCAGGGGACCCCGAAAUUAUUGGCAACUGUAAUUGAGCCUGAAAUAGAGAAAAUAAAACCUCAAAGAGACGAUCUGAAUCUGAAAUCUUCUCUGAAUAUGGAAGUUGAGUUGUACAAGAAAUCACCUGAACGGUCCUCAAUGCAAGUAAAAAGUAUUUUAAAAAGCGUCUCUACCAAAGACACGAUCGGAGAUCAAAACCAGGAUCAAUCGGACAGAGUAGGUAAAAAGAUAGAUAAAAAACCAGAAAUUGAACCUAUGAAGAAUCUUUCUCCUGCAGUGAACAAAUCAAUCAGCUUCACUGAGAAAUUAUUUAUGAAAGCAGAACCACAAGCUAAUGAAAGGUUGAGAACAUUAAUUGAAGAACAAGGAAAUAUCAGAGCAAAAUUCACCAGUGAUGAUGUUGACGAAAUUAAGAAAGAAGACAUUGUGAAUAUGAGGCAAACAAGUAUGAGAGCCAGACUGCAGAGCAUGUUUGAUGCUAUAUCCGGAAAAUCUGCCAAGAAGAUAAAUCCAGACGUUAUUAUACAAGCUGACUCAAACAACGAGCCUUCUACCACCUCAGAUGUACCAUCGAGCUCAGCUACUCUGAGAUUGACGACUUCGCCUACAGACAUCAAUACAUCUCCGAUUGCAACAUCUUCCGUAGUACCAACAAUUACUAAUUCGAAACUCGGCAGCACAAUUAAGACUAAACACGUUACCUUCGACUUGCCUAGUUCACAGCAACCAUUGAUCUCGAACAGCAGCUUGACAUCAUCGAUCUCUUCAACUGGAUUCCAAGCAAGUACAACCGAGGCACAAAAUCAGUCAGAAGUUCCAAAGUUGAACUUUGGAACUGUUGCUACAACUACAACAAAUACUACUGCAACUGAUCCCGCUAAAGUAUCUUCUUCAAAUAGUCAAAACACAAACAAUAUGAGCACUCCUGCAUCUUCUGCAACCAUUUCCACCAUUGCUCCUCCUUCAUUUGCCGUUGCAACAUCUUCUACACAAAGUUCAACUGUGUCGUCAGGAAUUCAGAGUGGCUCAAACUUGACAAGUAGUACAAGUUUAGCAACAAAAUUCUUACCUCCGAGCAGCAUUGGUGCAUUUAGUUCAUCAAAUUAUACCAAUGUAACUCAAAAUACCAACACAGUAUCGGUAUCCGAACCAGUAAUGACAACUUUGUCACCAAGUACGGGGAAAUUUGUUCAAGAACCGAUCAAAGUAGUUGAGCCUGUCAAGACCAGCACUCACACUCCAGCCCCGAUGCCCAAUUUCUCAUUUGGUGCCGCUAAAAUGACCUCCUCAUCAGCAUUCGGUGAAAACAAUCAGUUCCCAGCUAGUACGCAAAAUCAAGUAAACGUCAGUACUACUACACCGACAACAACGUCGUCUUUCAUGCCUGGUAGUGUAUCCCAAACGCAACAGUCUGCGACUAAAGUUACGUCAAACGCAGGUAGUAUCGCAGUGCCUGAGACAAAACCAGCAGUCUUUUCAUUUGGCGGUAAUAGUGCCAUGCCACAAUCAACGAGCACCGGAAGCUUCUUAUUUGCAGGCAAUGUUAACACCGCCAUGAGCCAAGCUCCUACUUUUGGAACCAUUACUAAUCAAAGUAACGCGACCUUCGGAAGUACGGUGGCAACGACGCAAAAUCCACCAGCCUUUGGAAGCUCGGUUAAUUUCCAAACUAUUCAAGCUCCUGGGCUCAGCGUGGCAAGCACUACUUCGCAAAAUGCCCCGACGUUUAGCAGCAGUGCGCCAGGAUUUGGAAGUGUUGUGACGACUGUAACUCAAAACGCGCCAACAUUCGAAACCCUAGCUUCAUCUGCUCCUCCGCCCGCUUAUGGCGUUAAUACAUCCACCACAAGUACAUCAUUUGCAUUUGGAAGUACAGCGGGCCAAACUACCACUGCGUCUGCAUUCAGUACAAACAUUAAAUCUACUACCCCUACCAUUGCCCCUGCGUCAGGUAAAAAUCCAACAUUCUCCUUUGGCUCGACGUCAGCACCUGGCACUAAACCUGGCUUCUCGUUCGGCGCAAACGCUGUACCAACUACUACUUCUAGUGGGCCGGUGACUUCCGGCAAUACCAAUCAAGUACCUGCCUACAAAAUUCUCAAUAGUAGAUGUGCACCAAGAUUUGGUGCUCCUGCGACUACCGCGCCUUCGGCCUUUGGAGAAUCUUCAAGCACUGCAGCACCGGCACUCGGCGGAACCUCUGGCGCGGCAAUGACUGCAUUUGGUGUCACAUCGAGUACAACUACACCAUUGUUUGGUUCACCAGCCACGACAACAUCGGGAAUGUUUAACACUAGUGCAAAUCAGUCAACCUUUGGUACUGGAUCUAAUUCUGCUGCUGCCCCCUCAGCCUUUAGCGUACCAAAGACAACAACGCCGCCAGCUUUUGGUUCCCACACAGCCGAUACUGGCUUCAAUUACGGAGGGAAAGCUGUUCAGUUUACAGGUACAGGCCUGAACCCUACGCCCAGCACUGCAGCUGCUACUGGUUCCACUGUUACAUCGACGGCAACUUCAGCGUUCGGAGUAACCACAGAUCAAAUAACUCUUUUUGGCCAAGGAAAGUCACCACCGAGUUUUACCAGCAGUACAUCACAGGCUUUUGGUAGUAGCGGAACUCCUAGCUUUGGAGCACUGAACACCUCCUUUGGCGGUGUUGCCACUACGGCAUCUGGAAACAAUUCUGGGUUUGGUGCUCAGACUUCAAUGGCGCCAACUUUUGGAACGCAAACUCCAGCAGUAAAGCAAUCUUCCCAAGCUCCUCCUCCUGCAUUCGCGUCGACCAAUACAAGCUUUGGCGCGAGUGCAGCGCCUUCUACUGGGUUUGGAUCGUCGGUAACUACGUUUGGAACUCAAAAUACAACUACGCCAAAUUUCGGUGCUGGCACUGUGAGUUCCGGCUCUACUUUUGGCACCAAUGUCUCGACUCCGUUUGGACAGAGCCAAAAUCCCCCACCAGCUUUUGGAACCCAAAAUUCAAUUACGCCGAGUUUCGGCUCAACCAAUAACAAUGCUAGCGGAGCAUUCGGCUUCAACGCCAACCAACAGCAAACACAACAAAAUUCCAGCUUUUCGUUCAGUGGCAACGCCACUGCGAAUAACACGAUGGGUGCGGCACCCUUCCAGUUCGGUGGUGCACCAGCUAAAACAGAUGGCUUCAAUUUUAAUGCGCCAACUACUACUCCCAACUUGAAUUUUGGCGCCAAUGCUUCAUCUUCUUUCGGUGCAUCAACACAAGGAUCAAACAUGUUCGGAGCAGCAGCGCCAGCUGUUCCUGCUAGUGGAAUGUUUAGUAUUGGGGCUGGUUCUACAGCUCCGAGAUCUCGAUCGAACAGGACGCGGAGUAGGAGAUAGUGGAGAAUGUAAUUUUAACUUACCAUUAUCGAAAUGUAUAAUUGAGUAAGAAUUAGCUAUAAAGAAUAAGAAAUUAAAUUUUGGUUAUUUGAUGCUAAUCGAGCAGAAUAAUGAUAGGAUGAUUUCUAAAUUUUAUAAAAUCCGAAGAAAGUCCAACGGUUCAAUUCACAUAUUACGCAUAAGAUCUUUAUUCCCUUGAGGCUUUUAAAUGCGGGAGGAUGGUACUGUAACGGUAACGAGAACGAAUAAUAAUAAAUUUACAGGGCGCACCAAAUUGGUUUCAGAUUUUACUCACCUCAACUUUUCCUCGUGGUUUUUUAUAAGUAUCGUUACCACGCAUGUUCGUAAUUUGUAAUAUAUAAUUAUUAUAACUACCAUUACUAAAAUCGUUGCCUGACACUGUUGACAAACCAAUUAUUUCAGAACACUGACAAAAUGCAUUUCACCUCUUUUCACCGUUUACAGAUCAAGUAUUGAGCGGGUUAAAAUUCUACUGAUGACAAAACCAGAGUCCUGACUAACUUUAAAAUCAUGACAUUUUUCAGCAUCUAUUGAUGACUCUGUUAAGGUUUAACAGCUGGUGUCAAAUACUCAUGAGUCCUCCAUUUGAUCAAUUUAUCCGCUCAACCAAUGAUAAGUUUUUAACAUUUUUUGUUCCGUACUUGUUGCACUUGGUGCCCCUAUUGUUAAUAAGAAUACCUUUCGAUUAGUUUGUACAAAAUGUAUUUAUAUUCUUUUGCAAUAUUGAAAGAAAAUCGCAGGAACGGAUACAAAAUAAUAAUAAUAAUAAUAAUAAUAAUAAUAAUAAUAAGGCCAAGUCUCGUAAAUUAUAUAUUAGUAUAACUUUAUUAAAUAUCACUGAUUGGUUUUAUAUUCAAUAUACCGUGCUUGCCGGAUUACUUUCAAGGGCAUUAAAUAAUCGUUGUUUAAUCAAGUGUCUGCCAUUUUUUAACUCCCGAACUAAAAUUCCGUGCUAAACGAUACAUGUUGAAAUAACAAGCGUUUGGAUCUAUUCAGGUAAAAUCAUGUUUGGAAUUGUUAUUUGUUUUCUACUUUGACUAUUGAGCUUAGUAUCGUAUUAAUUUGUUCGUGUAUAGUAAGUAAGUAUCUCUAAGCGAAAAAAAGCCAGUCUUGUAUUUAAAAAAAAAAAAAAAAAAAACCUGUAUACAUAUGUAUAAUAGAUCUUAUCCCCGACGCGACGUGUCUAGA